GACCUCACAAACACCGCUCACCCUCACUCAUCCACACCUCCAACUCCAACCAUCCCCCCCGUCGCCCCAACCCAACCACCAAAAUGCCUUCUCUAACCGACAACCGCGCCAUCCCCCUCCUCGACCACGCCGCCGCCAACCACUACGGCAUCCCGGCCAUGUGCUGCUACAACGUAGAAGGCAUCCUGGCGACCGUGCGCGCCGCUGAAGCCAAGCGCUCCCCAGCGAUGAUCCUCCUCUUCCCGUGGGCGAUCGACUACGCCGGGGCGAUCCUCGUGCACGCGGCGGCGGCGGCGGCGCGGGGCGCCUCCGUGCCCGUGACGGUGCACCUGGACCACGCGCAGUCGCCCGCGAUCAUCCGGCGGGCGGCGGACAUGGGCGGGUUCGACAGUAUCAUGAUCGACAUGUCGCACUACUCGAAGGCGGAGAACCUGGCGCUGACGCGCGAGCUGGUGGCGUACUGCCACGCCCGCGGGAUCGCCACGGAGGCCGAGCCGGGCCGCAUCGAGGGCGGCGAGGACGGGGUCUCCGACACGGCCGACCUGGAAGGCCUGCUGACGACCCCCGAGGAGAGUCUGGAGUUCGUGGACACCGGCAUCGAUUGGCUGGCCCCCGCGUUCGGCAACGUCCAUGGCAGCUAUGGGCCCCGCGGCAUCGUGCUGGAGUACGAUCGUCUCCAGAGGAUUCAGGAGACGGUGCAGCCCCACGGUACGCGGCUGGUGCUGCAUGGUGCCGAUCCCUUCUCGGAGGAGAUCUUUCGGAGGUGUAUUGGGUGUGGGGUUAGUAAGGUGAAUAUCAAUAAGGUGUUGAAUAAUGAGUAUGUCCGCGUGCAGGCGGAGAAGGCUGGCAGGGCGCCCUUGACGGCUGUUAUUGAGGAGGCUACGGCCGAGAUGCAGAAGGCCGUUGAGCGGUGUAUUGAUAUGCUGGGGUCGGCGGGGAGGUAUCCAUGAUUGCCGGUGUGGUUUUGUUGGAGUGUUGACCUGGUUUAUCACAGACUAUCAGCUGCGGGUGAGACGGCAGGUGAAUAUAUAUUGG